CAUUAUGUAUUGUAUACUCAAAGUUAAACAACAACAUAGUACAGAUGUCUGCAAAGUUGUCGAUACAGAUGAUGAUGCUAGUCAUGUUAUUAUUCUUCACAAAUCAAGCCUUUGCUAAAAAUACCAAAAAUUCUGUAGCAAAGCCUGGAUGUCAAGCCAGCUGUGGCAACCUGAACAUCAGUUACCCAUUCGGGAUCGGAGAAAAAUGUUCAGCUUCUAAGGCCAUGGUGAUAUCAUGCAACAACUCUUUUAGUCCACCUAAAGCUUUCCUCAGGGACCAGAACUUUAACAGUCUGGAGGUUCUGAAUAUUUCACUAGAAGCUGGGACGGUUCACAUCAACUUUCCAGUGACUGCUGAUUGUACGAAUACAGGAAAUGAUCAAGUUUCUCAAGAAGUUCGUUUAGAAUUGCCACUUACAUUCUCGAACAAUGAUAAUCGGUUCACUGCCAUGGGCUGCAACAAUCUUGCUUAUUUGUCAGCAGAGGACUCUGUGGCGGAACAUGGAGGGUGCCUGUCAAGGUGCAAUCCAUCAGUGAAAAAAGACAACAGUUGUUUCGGGAUAAAUUGCUGCCAAACGAAGUUCCAGCAAUCUUUGACGUUCGUCAAGCCAUCGUUAAGCAACGGGAGCUCAUCAGCGUCAGGAUGCAACGAGGGGCCGAGGUAUGCAUUCAUUGCUGAUCAGAAGUGGUUUGCAAAGUUGGAAGAUAUCUACAGUGUGCAAACUAUGGAAAAGGUUCCUGCGGUGCUAAAUUGGAAACCAUUUGGGACCUGUCAAACCUUUAUUCAAUCCGAUCCCAUCCCAAAUGCCACCUUGUGUGGAAGGAAUGCUUUUUGUACAAAUCAAAGCUUGUGUUCUUGUAGCGAAGGAUACGAAGGAAAUCCUUAUUUGCCGAAUGGAUGUCAAGAUGUCAAUGAGUGUGGAACAAAUAUACGCCCUCAACCAAGACAAACACCUAUGACACCGUUAUCUAAAGGGACACCAAAAAAAUUAUACAUGUACCAUGUCACAAAUUCGCCACCGGAAUCCCAAGGACCGGCCCUUCGAGGAAACUCCCUCGGAUUGAACAAAUGUGAGCAUUAUUGUACCAAUACACCAGGAAGCUACACUUGCUCAUGUCAAGAUGGUUGGGUCCUUGUUGACAAAUUUAAUUGCGUGAAGUCAGAGGUCAUAUACAAGAAUGUCCCAAAGGGUAGUCGCAGAGGCAGGAAAGGUGCAGUCUUAGCAACAGCAGGCACUUGUGCUGGUGUAGGGGUGGUCUUGGUUUUUACAUAUUACUUGUACGAAGAAGCAAGACAAAGAAGUAUACGUAGAUUUCGGCUGAGGUUGUUCAGAUUGAAUGGCGGCCCGCUAUUACGACGAUCAUCUUCUGGCCAACAAAAUGCGGAGACAACCGAAUUGUUUACCGCAGAGGAGAUGGAGACAGCAACUGACCACUAUAACGAAGAUCGAAUCGUGGGAGAAGGAGGAAAGCGUACCGUUUACAAAGGAAUGUUGGCUGAUGGAAGAAUAGUAGCAGUGAAAAAAACCAAGAUAGAAGAUAAAAGCAAAAUCGAAGAUUUCAUUAAUGAGGUCGCGGCUUUAUCACGAAUGAAGCACAGAAAUGUAGUAAAUCUAUAUGGAUGCUGCUUGGAGACAGAGGUCCCUUUGCUGGUUUAUGAGUUCAUCCCUAACCGAACACUUAUGCAGUACAUCCAUGAGGAUGAUGAAUAUUUUUUGCUCACGUGGGAUGUCCGCGUACGUGUGGCCAUAGAAAUUGCAGAAGCUCUCGUCUGUUUACACUCUGCUGCACCUACUCCAAUAUAUCACCGAGAUAUUAAGUCGACAAAUAUACUUUUUGACGACAAGUACAGAGCAAAAGUGGCAGACUUUGGAAUUUCAGCAUCAUUUUUUAUUGAUCAAGAAGUGGAAGACUCUGGAACUUCAGCAACAGUUUCUAAUGAUCAGAAAGUGGCAGACUUUGGGACUUCGACAUCAAUUUCUAAUGAUCAGAAAGUGGCAGAUUUUGGAACUUCGGCACCAAUUACUAGUGAUCAAAAAGUGGUAGACUUUGGAACUUCAACAACAGUUUCUACUGAUAAAACUUACCCGACUUCGAGACUCCAAGGUAGAUUCGGUUACUUAGAUCCUGAGUAUUUUCAGUCAGGCCAAUACACAGAUAAAAGCGAUGUUUAUAGUUUUGGGGUAGUUCUUGUUGAGCUUUUGACUGGACGGAAACCAAUCUUGGCUGCUAGACUUGAUGAUGAAGCACGAGGUUUAGCAACACUUUUUAUAUUGGCAGUAGAAGAAGAUCGUAUAUUUGAGAUUGUUGAUUCACGGAUCUUUAAUGAGGAAAGAAAGGACGAAAUGAUAGCAUUUGGUGACAUUGCAUAUAAAUGCUUGAACUUGAAUGGAAGCAAAAGGCCGACAAUGAAAGAAGUUGCAGAGGAGCUAAAGAGUAUUAGAGAUACACGUGAAUCACCUAUUGCUCAAGAAAUCUAUGAAGAGGUCGAAAAUGAAAUCAAUGAACUAAUUAACUCGGGGUCGGAAGUUACUUCAUCUUCUUUGAGUUCCACCAUAUAUAACACUGUCGUUGGGAACCUCUUAUGACAGUGAUCCCAAGACGCUAGUGGGAAAAUGUCUGGUUCCAUGUUUUCUUUGAAUUUAAUUGUUGAUGUAUGAAUUGGUUGUGAAAUCUUAGAGAAAGACGAAGAGGAUGCUGGAAUGGCAAUUUUUCGUAGCUUCUUUUCUUAAUAAUUUGGUAUUUUCAGUGAGGUAUUGUAAUGCUGUGUGUUUUAAGAGUGGUGCAGAAGAUUCUGCUUAGGGUGGUAUAUGAGUGUUUCUGGUUAUAUUUUGUAAUGAACAGUCUUGUUUUAAUUUUUGUAAAAAAAUAGGCUUCUUUUUAUUUUA